UCCCACUGUUUCCCUUUAAAUGUCAUGUGAGUUCUGUUUAUUGAGCAGCCCUGACACCCGGGUGGAGUCGUAGUGUUUGGAAGGAGCUGGUGCAGGCAAAUGAGGGAAGGACCUGGUUGCUACAGGCGUUAAGCAGUGGGGGCAAAGCUCUGUAUCAGCAGCUCAAACAGGAAGCUCAGGAUUUCCCUUAAACUCAAAAUAAAACUAAAUAGAUGUUGACAAACGUUUCAUUUAGUCAUCUAUUCUUUCAACUUCAGUGAGGAUGUGGCUGAUGGAUCAGAUUCAGUCCUGCUUUAUUCACCACAAACACAGAUUUGGAGAUUGUGAUUAAUAUAUCAGCUGAAAGACGGUCAGUUAAGGCAGAGCCUUGGCUUCCAUCUGCUGUUGUAUUUGACCUUCAUCACCAAUGUCCAUCAGAGUGUCUUCUAAUGUAAUGAUGCAGCUGUGUUGCUUUGACUGUGCAUGUGAGCAGACUUUGGUGUUUGAUGUUGGGAAAGGUGCCGUUCGACCACGGUGUCGAUCUGUAAGGUUUAAUUAAUGAACAGUAAGCUUCACAUAGUGUUAUUGUGGAUCCAUCCUCAGUGUUUGGCCCCCGUCCUCACCACCGUGUACUGCUACUACUAUAUUUUCUAUAGUUACUACUUCUACACGUUAUUAGCAAAUACAAGACACAAAAAAGACGUAAAACAACAUCUUUCUGUGAGAGUUUAAUAUCAGCUUCCUCAGACUCAGGAAAAAAAUGGUUCAAAAAGUUUGUCAAUCUGUUGUAUGUGACAAUAGGUUUGUUUAUACCACUGGUUUCUGCAUCAGGUCCUUUUUGUCUUUUUUAGACAAAAUAUAUUAAUAAUGUCAAUUAUUUAAUACUAAUCACUGGAAACACUUCCCUCUCAAAGGUUUACUGCAGCAGGUCCUCAUCUAAAACCUCCAAAUAAUUCUUGACAGACAUGUCAUAGCACAGAUUUUAGAUUAUUUCAGUUCAUUCCUAUACUGUAAACAUCGAGGGGCGGGUCAUAACCUGAGAUGUUAAUGGCAUCAUUGGGUGGAAUCUGGUGCUUAUGGACAAAGUGCUGUUUGAGGAGGAGGGUCCCUGAGGCUGGAGCUGAGGUUGAGGUUGGAGCUGAGGUUGAAUCUGGAGCUGAGGCUGAGGUUGGAGAUGAGGUUGGAGAUGAGGUUGGAGCUGAAGCUGAGGCUGGAGCUGAGGUUGGAGCUGAAGUUGGAGCUGAAGAUGAGGCUAAGGUUAGAGAUGAGGCCGGGAUUGGAGCUGAGGCCAGAGCUGAAACUGAUAUUGAGAUUGAGGCUGAAGCUGAGAUUGAAGCUGAGGCUGAAGCUGAGAUUGAGGCUGAGGUUAGGACUGGAGCUGAGAUGGAGGUUGAAGCUGGAGCUGAGGUUGAAGCUGAAGCUGAGGUUGAGGUUGAAAAUUAUGCUGAAGUUGAGGCUGAGGUUGAGACUAGAGCUGAGAUUGAGGUUGAGGCUGAGGCUGAAGCUAAGGCUGAGGUUGAGAGUUGAGCUGAGGCUGAGGCUGAAGUUGAAUCUGGAGCUGAGGCUGAGGUUGGAGAUCAAGUUGGAGCUAAAGCUGAGGCUGAGGUUGGAGCUGAGGCCGAGGUUGGAGAUGAGGUUGAGGUUGGAGCUGAAGCUGAGGUUGGAGCUGAGGCCAGAGCUGAAACUUGAGGUUGAGGCUAAAGCUGAGAUUGAGGCUGAGGUUGGAGAUGAAAUUGAGGCUGAGGUUGAGACUGGAGCUGAGAUGGAGUUUGAAGCUGGAGCUAAGGCUGAAGCUGAGGUUGGAGCUGAGGUUUAGGCUGGAGCUCAGGCCGGAGCUGAGGCUGAGGCUGUAGCUGGAGCUGAGGCUGAGGCUGAGGUUGAGGCUGAGGCUGAGGCUAUGGUUGAGGAUGAAGAUGGAGCUGAGGCUGAAGCUGAGGUGAGGCUGAAGCUGAGGUUGAGGGUGGAGCUGAAGCUGAGGUAAGGUUGAAACUGAGGUGAGGCUGAAGCUGAGGUUGAGGGUGGAGCUGAAGCUGAAGCUGAGGUUGAAGUUGAGGGUGGAGCUGCGUAAACCAAUUGCCCUGAUGCCACCUGUUGUCUGCCAGAGAUAGCGGGUCACUCCAAGUGACUGCAUGAUGCAUUAACACUGUGUUCAGCGCUAAUGUGCCUCUGUACUAAUGGAGAACCAUGUUCUGUCGCCCCCUGGUGUCUGCUGUUGUCUUUUAUUUAUUUUAUGUCUGUCUGUUUCAUUUGAACCC